GAUUUCACCGAGCGUAAUCAGUUUACGUUCGCUGUUGACUUGUCAGUUGUGAACAGUCACAUUUUGUCGUUUUCAUCGAAUCAUUCACAUUUCUUCAAUUAAAAUAUUCAACAACAGAAUCGAAAAUGGUCUCCAACACCGUGUCGUCCCUGACGAUUUUAUUAUCGUUGAUCUCUGUGGGUCUUUGCAACGUCUGCUCGUCUCCUGAGGUGGUUACCACAUCGUUCACAACUCAAGAUGCUACGAUUGUCGCCAAUAUCGCCUACAUCGGCGAGUUUUCCAUCAAAUGUGGCACUGGAUCUGCAGGUAAUCUGUACGCAGAAGUCGACGACAACAUCGUACCCGUAUCCAUCAUUGGCAGCAACCAGUACCAGGUGAGCUGGACUGAAGAUACCAAAACCGCGCGCAGCGGCGACCGUAAGGUGAGGAUCUUCACCGAGGAUGGUUACACCGCAUACCGUAAAGCUGUUCGUGCUGGCGAGUGCACCUCCAGCAUUGAGUCUCUUACUGAAAUUGUUGUCAACCACCCAGGUGCUUUCUAUGGCCCAUGGUUGAAGAGUGAAUUUUUGGCUAUUGUUAUGUCCAUUGUUGUGGCAUAUGUGGCUAUUAGUUCUAAGUCCAAGUUGUCUUCAUAAGAUUCAUAGCGAAAUAAAUUAUUAAUUUUGUAUGUAAAAAUAAAUAUAAACUUUAUAUUAUA